AUGGAAGUAGCAGGGGAAUCUCCGUCGAAGCAUUUCAGCGAGCCUUUAGAGCCUUUUCAGAUAGCUAGUGCUGUACGGCAGCGGCAUCAGCAGGAGGAAGCGCGGCAGCAGGAGGUGCAGCAGCAGGAGGUGCGGGAGGAAGAGCAGGAGCAGGGCCAGGGUCGCGGCGGAGAGAACGGUUAUAAGGGAUACGAGGCGAAUGAGUCGUUUCCAGAGUCUCAAUUUGGAGAGAGUGAGGUAGGCGGAGUCGACGACGAGAUGAGUUACGUGCGGCGGUUAAGCAAUUGGUCGAUGAGUUAUGGGACGGUGCAGGUUGGUGAUUUGAAACACAAGGAGAACGCUGUGCAGAAAGGUGGUGAGACUGCUUUAGAUGAGGCUCAAUGGAGACAGUAUAUGAGGCCGAAGUAUUUAUGGGGGGGGUCUGCAGAGGUGCAGAAUUCAGUGCCAAGUGAUCGGAAGAUGAAUCGGCAGGAGCCUGAGUUGUUGGUGACGACUUCGCUGUCUGAUCUAUCCGGGAUGCCUAUGAACACUUUUAAACGUAAAUAUGUUGGUUCUGGGGAUGCGCAGCAACUGUUGCAGCAGGAGUCGAAGAUACACGGUGGUUCCGUUGCUCGCAGUGGAGAUGAAGGCGAUGCUGACAGUAGUGAUAGUGAUGAUGAUGAAGCUGGCUACAGCAACAGUAACAGCAACAACAAUUUAGAUCAGGAUACGGACGGCGAUCCCGCCCAAGCAGCCAAAAAUGUGUUUGAAAAUGUGCUCCGGAACCAAAAAUCAAACUUCUUUAAUGGUACUAGUGAUACUGCUACUCAGCUAAGGGUAGGUUCUGACGAGGACAUCGGCAGUGUAGACAAUUUCAACGGUAACUAUGAUGAGAUUCACUGGCAAACUUCAAGUUCAUCGUUUAGAUCGCAGCCUGUCUCACCGUCCCCCAUAGGCUCUCGUGAGUCCCACGGCUCGCAUGUUAAGGAAACAGAUGGGAAUCUAGCCAAACUCAAGCUUAUAACUCCUGAGGACGCAGGCAUGGUGUUUGACCACGAGCGCGGCGUCUGGGAGCCGCUAGGGGAGCUACAGAUGCGGAAAAGCUCGUCAGCGAACAUCGGGGCCUCCCAAACCGUCGAUACCACUUUGUCAUAUGAAGAGAUAGGGGAAUCGGUAACUCCCGGAGACGAACACACGUCCCACACUUACCCUUACCAGGAUGAUACCCCGUUAGCACCUCCGAGACUUGCUGAAAAGUUUAAACUACCCUCAAAGACCCCUAUGAAUAAUCAAAACAACUACGAUGACAGUCUCACAGGAUCUGAUACUGUUCCAGCAUUGGUAAACAAUAAGCGCAAGCCGUAUCUUGAUGAAAGUCCGGGAAAUGUCACUGAUGUACUCAACUUGGAGAGUUCGUUUAGUCUGAGCCAAAGCGUGGUUGUGCGCUGCCUCUUGGAUGUUAUUCCAAACAAACAGGACUGGGGAAAGGUGGAAGUUGUAAACCUUUCUAAUAAAAAUCUAGCAAGUUUGAUUGGCCUCGACCAGGUUGUGCCCAACUGCUCGACACUAGACGUCUCCAAAAAUGAGAUUAAUUCUUUGCAAGGUGUCCCGCCAGGCUGCAUCCAUUUGAACUGCAGCAGUAACAAUAUUGGCAGUUAUGCAUCCUUGAACGCACUAUUACAUUUAGAGACUCUUGAUCUCUCCAAAAACAGGUUGAACCACCAGAAUCUUUCUUUACUAGAGCCUUGUCGCCACUUGAAAAAGGCUAAUUUGUCUCACAAUAAUAUUACCGGCCUACAUUACCUCCCAACUAAGGCCCACAUACAGAAGAUCUCACUAUCGCAUAACAAACUUACAGGCACGAUUGAUUUCCUCGCGCUGUGUCAGGAAUCCAUCUCCUGGCGAUACGUCGAAGAACUAGACCUAUCCGGAAACAAGAUUACGUCCAUCAACAACCUUUCAUUCCUCACACGCCUUCGUAUCUUGCGUUUAGACGGAAACCCGAUAGAAACUAUUGAUGGAGGAGGGAAUAGCCAUAUUCGCACCCUAACUAUGAUAAACAAUCCAGCCUUACAAACUAUCCAGGACUUCCCCGCCUUGCGUAUAUUAAAAUGUCGUGGCGAAUCCCUACAGUUAAUACAUGGCUCGUUGCCUGAAACUUUAGAAACCUUGGAAAUAGUCGGCGGUUAUAAAAACUCCCUUGAACGUUGGAAUUGGAACGAAGUCCUACCGAAAUACUUGCGCUCUCUAAAACUACGCAAAAUGCAAUUGUCUAGCGUGCCCACCGUCAUUAGCCGCCUCCCGUUGCGUUCGUUGGACCUUGCGUUCAAUUGUAUUAUCAAUUCAACACAACUUCUCCGUGCCUUGCCGUCUACGUUACAAGAACUAAACCUUCUCGGAAACCCCCUUUGGGCUGUGAACGACGCUGACCGACUCAUGCUCAUCAAAGCAGUUAAGUUGUAUCUUUUUUCACUACGCGGAAUGUGA